AUCCGGUGAAGAGGAAUCUUGACAGCGCCACCUCCCCUCAGAAUGGCGAUCAACAGAAUGGCUAUGGAGAACUCUUCCCGGGGCAUAAGAAGACCCGCCGGGAGGCGCCUCUGGGAGGAGCCGUCUCUUCCAAUGGACUGCCUCCAGCCUCCCCGUGCGGGCAGCCCGACAAGCCUCCUGGGGGAGAGGCCUUGCAGUCCGGUGGGAAGCACUCUCUGGGGCUGGACUCUGUCAACAAAAAAUGUCUGGCUGGCUCGAGCCUCCACUUGAAUGGAGGGAGCAACCCCAGCGAGUCAUUCGCUCUGAGCCUGAGCAAAGAACUGAAGCAGGAACCUGUCGAUGACCUGCCUUGCAUGAUUGCUGGGGCCGGAGGCUCCAUGUCGCAAAGCAACCUCAUGCCUGACCUCAACCUGAACGAGCAGGAGUGGAAGGAGCUCAUCGAGGAGCUGAACAGGUCAGUGCCCGAUGAAGACAUGAAGGACCUGUUCAAUGAGGACUUUGAGGAGAAGAAGGACCCAGAGCCUUCUGGUUCUGCCACACAGACCCCCUUGGCACAGGACGUUAAUAUUAAGACGGAGUUCUCUCCAGCAGCCUUUGAGCAAGAACGGUUAGGCUCUCCACAAGUGAGGGCUGGGUCUGCAGGACAGACCUUUUUGGGGCCUUCAUCUGCCCCUGUGAGCACAGAUUCUUCCAGCCUGGGAGGCUCUCAGACAGUGUUCCACACCUCUGCUCAGCCUGGGGCAGACAAUACCAGUCCAAACCUGAUGCCGGCAUCAGCCCAAGCCCAGAAUACGCAAAGAGCCCUCGCGAGUGUAGUGUUGCCUACCCAGGGUCCAGGAGGGGCCUCAGAGCUGUCCUCUGCCCACCAGCUCCAGCAGAUUGCUGCCAAGCAGAAGCGCGAGCAGAUGCUCCAGAACCCGCAGCAGGCUGCCCCAGCACCAGCCCCCAGCCAGAUGUCCACAUGGCAGCAGACGGGGCCCUCCCAUAGUCCCUUAGAUGUCCCUUACCCCAUGGAGAAGCCUGCCAGCCCUCCUGGCUAUAAGCAAGACUUCGCUAACUCCAAACUGCUCAUGAUGCCUAGUGUGAACAAGAGUUCCCCUCGGCCUGGAGGACCCUACCUCCAGCCCAGCCACGUGAACCUGCUGAGUCACCAGCCACCAAGUAACUUGAAUCAGAACUCUGUGAAUAACCCAGGGUCAGUGCUGGACUAUGGCAAUACAAAACCCCUUUCUCAUUACAAAGCAGACUGUGGGCAAGGCAGCCCCGGGUCUGGCCAGAGCAAGCCAGCCCUAGUGGCUUACCUUCCCCAGCAGCUGUCCCAUCUGGGCAAUGAGCAAAACCCCUUGUUUCUGAUGAAACCAAAGCCAGGAAGUAUGCCCUUCCGAUCACUAGUUCCACCUGGCCAGGAGCAGAACCCUUCCAGUGUCCCUGUACCAGCCCAGGCCGCCGGUGUUGGGACCCAGCCGCCUGCUGUGUCCGUGGCCAGCUCUCACAACAGCUCCCCCUAUCUCAGCAGCCAGCAGCAGGCGGCUGUAAUGAAGCAGCAUCAUCAGAUGCUUUUGGACCAACAGAAACAGAGGGAGCAGCAGCAAAAGCAUCUGCAGCAACAGCAGUUCCUUCAAAGGCAGCAGCACCUUCUGGCGGAACAGGAGAAGCAGCAGUUUCAGCGCCAUUUGACCCGCCCACCACCCCAGUACCAAGACCCAACACAGAGCACCUUUCCGCAGCAGGUCGGACAGUUCCCAGGGUCCUCUGCUGCCAUGCCUGGCAUGAACAACUUGGGUCCGUCCAACUCCAGCUGUCCUCGAGUGUUCCCUCAGGCUGGGAAUCUGAUGCCAAUGGGCCCUGGACACACUUCGGUUUCCUCUCUCCCCUCAAGCUCAGGCCAGCAGGACCGGGGUGCGGCCCAGUUUGCCGGUGCCCAAAGCGUGCCUCAGAGCAGCCUCUACGGCCUGGCCUCUGGCAUAACCCAGAUGGUUGCCCCGCCCCCCCCACAGGCCGCCAACGGACAUGCCCACGUUCCGCGGCAGACCGGCGUGGGCCAGAACACCUCGGGUUCAGCUCCCUACGGGCAGAACUCUCUGGGGAGCUCUGGCCUCUCCCAGCAGCACAAUAAGGGGACCCUCAACUCUGGCUUAACGAAGCCACAGGUCCCAAGGGUGUCGGCAGCCAUUGGAGGCCAGAAUCCUUCAUGGCAACAUCAGGGAAUGCCGAACCUGAGUGGCCAGACCGCAGGGAGCAGCAGCGUGAGCCCCUUCACCGCGGCCUCCAGUUUCCACCUGCAGCAGGCCCACCUGAGAACGUCCAGCCCGCAGUUCUCGCAGGCGAUGCCCAGCAGGCCCAUGGCCCCCAUGGGCUCGGCGGCCGCGGCCGGGUCCUUGCUGCCCCCGGUGGGCGCGCAGCAGAGGACCAGCGCCCCUGCCCCAGCACCGCCGCCGGCGGCCGCGCAGCAGGGCUUGCCUGGCCUGAGCCCAGCCUCACAGAUGGGCGGCCGGGUGGGGCUGCACUGCGCCCAGGCCUACCCCGUGCGGACCGCGGGCCAGGAGCUGCCCUUCGCCUACAGCGGGCAGCCGGGCAGCAGCGGGCUGUCCAGCGUGGCAGGGCACACCGAUCUGAUUGACUCCCUGCUGAAGAACAGGACUUCGGAGGAGUGGAUGAGUGAUCUGGACGACCUUCUAGGGUCUCAGUAG